AUGCAUCCUCAACAACCACAACCACAUCCAACUCACUUCCAACCAAACCAACAACAACAACAACAACAACAACAACAGCAACAACAACAACAACAGCAGCAGCAGCAGCAGCAGCAACAACAACAACAGCAACAACAGAUUCACUUACCCUUCCCUGCACUCCAUCUCCAUCCAGUCAAUGAUACCUUCAUCCCAAAACAAAUCGUCCUCAAUCCAAACGGAGCCAAAGUGAAGAUCGGAAGACAAACCAACCAGAAAUCGGUACCCAAUAGCACCAAUGGAUUCUUCGACUCAAAAGUACUCAGUCGAAUGCAUGCUGAGGUUUGGACUGAGAACGGAAAAGUAUUGAUAAGGGAUGUCAAGUCUUCAAAUGGGACGUUUAUUAAUGGGGAAAGACUAUCAGCCGAGGGCGUAGAAUCAGAGGCAUUCGAACUCCAUUCAGAUGACCUCGUCGAAUUCGGAAUCGAUAUCAUUGCUGAUGAUAACAAAUCGAUCGUUCAUCACAAAGUGGCUACCAAAGUAUUCCUAGUCCUUAAUGCUGAAGAUGCUGCUGCUGCUACUAGCUUUUAUCGUUCGAACGGGCCCGAACUGUCUCUCAAUCGUCGAGGUAGUAGACCAGGGGGUGUAUUUGGAGGAGGGGGAUUCGAUCACGUUCUGAACCGAUUACAAAGUGAAUUAGAGAAAUCACGAGCAACAGGACAAGAACUGAACACGUUGAACUCGACGAUGAACGAGAUCCACGAUACAUUAGGAGGAGGGAAUGGACCGCCGCCGCCGUUACCGCCGCCCUAUGGAGGACGGAUCCCGCCACUAGUCCAACAACCGCCACCGCGCCAACAACAACAACAGCAACAACAGCAUAACCUACUCCAAUCACAGCUAGCUGAGACGCAGGCGUCCUUGGCGAUGUAUGCGGAGAAGAUGAAGACGUUGGAGAAGAUUAUGGGAGAGCACGAGCAGAUGAAACGCGAGCUGGGGGAAAUCAAGGAGCAGAUCGAGCCCUCCCGAGCCGAGCAUCCUGAUUAUCCUCGACCAUCCGCCGCCGAAUCCGAAUCCGAGGAUCAUGAGAUCGGCGGGCGGGUUUCGCCGGUGGCGGCGAUGUUGGAGCUGCAGGAAGAAUCCGAGCAAGACCAGCGCGGGACCAUGCAGACAGAUCGGCACGAUGAUGAUGAUGAUAAUGAUGAUGGGAUGAGCACGACGAGCAAUGAGACUCUGACCUGGAAACAACACCCCUCGAAGAGCGCCUCUUCAAAGGCUUACUCACACCAACCCAACGGCACAACAACCGCCUCCUCGUCUGUCGGUCAUCCGCUCGAUCCCAAACAACUCGAGUCGAUGAUCGAGCAGAACCGGCUCUUGAACGAGAGGAUCGAAGCGAUCUCGAGCCGCUUAGAUGAGUCCGUCAAAGCCGGCCAAAAUCUACUCGAACGUCACACCCAAUCCGCCGAUCUGAUCACCAGCCUGGAGCGGGAACUCAAGGAGCUCAAACAAGAGCCCCCUCCUCAUCCUCCUCAUAUUGAUCAGGAGGAGAAGAAGGAUGAAGGCUCCAAAGACGGUUUGGACCAGUCAAUGAUCGAGACCAUGAUCAUCCAGAAAGUCGAGCAACAGUGUUCCGUCUGGACCGAGCGUCUCGAGGCUACUUGGAAGGACCGACAAGCCCGCUGGGAGGAGGAACGGAGCGGCCUGCAAAAGAUGAUCUCGGAUCUAGAAGCCAAGCUAUCCACCAAGCCUGUCCUCCCACUCCCUUCCUCUUCCUGCUCCUCAACAACAACGACUUCGCAAGCACUAGAAGAAGAUCUCAAUGCUCAUCCACAUCCGAAACAAGAAGAAGGGGAAGAGGGGGAAGACUCGAAACCGGAGCGGCUUCCGACCGCCUCGAUCUCCAAAAAUAGCAGACGCAACCGCAAGAAAAAGGGCUCCUCCCUGUCCAGCUCCCAGCUCGGCUCGUCUUCCUCCGAAGCCCCUCAUCAUCCGCUGCUCAAGAAACACUCGGCCUCUGCGGCCCUCGUCGAUCUCUUCGUCCAUCCCCCUUCCCCGCCGUCUGUCUCCAACAACCUCGCCGCCGCUUCCUCCUCCGCUGCACCUCACCCUCCUCCGCUUCCUUCUCCGUCAAUCUCAUCACCUCCUCCUCCCCCUUCUACUGGCUCCCAAUCGGCUGCUCAUCUUAAAAACAAUCCUCCUCCUCCUUCUUCUUCUUCGCCUUCUUCUAAUAAGAAUAAUCAUUCUAAUGUACGGUCAUUCAUCUACACCUUCUCCCCCGACCUCAAGUUCCUUUCCGCCGCUGGCGGGGUGGCCUUAUUAGGCUUCGUCACUUACGCCUUCGUCAACCACUUCAAAGAAUAGAUCUUCUCUUCGGGGGGGGGUUCGUUCGGGUUUUGCUCCCGUUGGGCGCUGUGUAGACCACAUCUGAGCCCGGCUUUUGUCCGUGCGAGGCGCUCGUUCCCAGUAUCCCCUCUCCUCUCCUCUCCUCUCGUUUUUUUGGUUUUUGUUUUUUUGGGGGCUAUUGCUUUCCCGACUCGCCCGUCGCCGCCCUAGUUCUUAAGUUUUUUUUUUGUUGUGUAUUGUACAUCGAUCUUCUCUAUCUUCUCUAUCUAUCUACAUCCUCUACUAUCUGAUUAUCAUUAUUCUGGUUCAUCUGUUCCUUCGCUCUCAUUUUUUCCCCUUAUCUUUCCCAUUUUUUUUUCAUCUUUUUUGGGGGGAUGGGAUGGGGGGAGUAUAUAUGAUGUGCAUGGAUGGUCAGUGUGUAGAUGUGUUUACAUAUGAAGAGAAAAAAGACAAGGAGAAGAAGAAGGAGUGCCCAAAGCGCGCCCUUUGACAGAGUCCAUAAGGCUCGCUUUUCCAUGACACAUAUAUUUUACAUACACACUUCUCUCGUUCUCUCUCGCGCGCGAUCCCUUCUCC